UUAUCACAAAAGAAAUCCUGCUACGUAAUAUAGACGUUAGAUGUCAGGAUGUCGUUGAUAACGUCGCACGUGUUACGUUGCCGCAGUUUAAAUAAACUUGCUGCUCCGUUCAGAUUAGCAGUGACCGGUACUGUUAGUAAGUCACGACUGUGUUCUCUGUUUGAAAAAUACGUAAGGAAAAUGUCAUACACCACGAUCGAAAGGGGUGCACCGAACAGCACUGAUUACAGAAUAUAUUUCAGAAAUGAUACUGGCCCAAUUUCACCCAUGCAUGACAUUCCACUUUAUGCUGAUGAAGCUAAUAAAAUAGUGAAUAUGGUUGUUGAGAUACCAAGAUGGACAAAUGCAAAGAUGGAGAUCAAUCUUAAAGAAACAUUAAAUCCUAUCAAGCAAGAUGUUAAAAAGGGCAAAUUGAGAUACGUUGCCAACUGUUUUCCUCAUCAUGGAUACAUAUGGAACUAUGGGGCUUUACCACAGACAUGGGAAAAUCCAGACGUCAUGGAUAAAGCUACUGAGUGUAAAGGAGAUAAUGAUCCCAUUGAUGUCCUUGAAAUAGGAUAUAGGAUUGCCAAAAGAGGAGAGAUCUUGAAGGUAAAAAUUUUGGGUUGUGUUGCUCUCAUUGAUGAAGGUGAAACUGAUUGGAAGAUUAUUGUUAUCGAUGUCAAUGACCCCUUGGCAGAUCAAAUGAAUGAUGUAUCUGAUAUCGAAAAGCUUUAUCCUGGUCUAAUGAAAGCUACAAUUGAAUGGUUCAAGAUUUAUAAGAUACCAGAUGGUAAACCAGAGAAUCAAUUUGCAUUUAAUGGGGAGGCAAAACCAAGAGACUUUGCUUUGCAUAUAGUAGAUGAAGUAAAUCAACAUUGGCAGAAUCUCAUUAAACGAGAAGCUCCUGCAGGAGGAAUUGCAUGCACUAAUACAACCGUGAUAGGCAGUCCCUUCAAAAUAACUCCAGAGGCUGCAGAAGAAAUACUAGAGAAGGCUCCAGGAACAUUGGAGGCUCAAGCAGUAGAUCCGAUUGUCGAUAAGUGGCAUUACGUGCAUCUUAAGUAAGAGUAAAGGGGUAUUCUCACAUCAAUACAUCUGUUGAUGCUUACAUACACUUGCUUGUUUUUAUGGCACAUAAUGGAAUACCGCGUAUUGCUCCCACACCAUAAGUUUUAAUACAUUCGAUAGUUAUAGAUAGUAUUUAAAUGCUAUUGCAUGUGC